UUCAAUGAUCACUCAAUAUAUAAAGUCUCGUAUAAUUAAAUCACAGGUGUAAUUAUCCCAUCAGCUUUAGCCUAUUCCGUUGACCAGCACACAAUAAUACCCAAGCAGGAUUCACCAGAUACAUUGUAUCUACAGCUCAUCUCUCGAUGCCAGCAUCAUAAAUGAAGUGUUACUCUAGCUUUCAUGAGCACACAGCUUUGCCCUUGACCUCAAGAUGCAAAGCAAUCUCCCAUUACAUUAAUAAUACUUCUAUAUUGGAUGUUACUUGCGGCUGAUAUCCAAGCAAAGGUGUAUAUAUAUAUAGUUGCUUCAGGAACAGGAGAAAGAGGACUCGGGAUUAGCAGCUCAUUUGCCAUCUCCAUAAGGAACUACGGGGAAUGUCUUGCCCUCUUAAGACUCCUAAGAAAAGGAUCCAACACGAGAAUACAUGGAUGGAUGAACCACAAGCAACCGUUCAUCACAUACAUCCGACACCCACUGUUAUGAUCUUUCCCGGUACCAAAAGAUAUCGUGCAGGUGCAGGAAAGCAGGAGCGAUGAUUCAGGAAGAAGUGAUCUGAAACCUUCAUGCAGCAGCACCUGUCGAUUGGCCUGCAACUUAAGAAUGAUCAGGAGUUGUGUAACAAGUCAACGAUCCACCAGUCUGCCUAGCAUGAUCAUGAUGUGGUAUACAUGUCAGCAAAAUCCUUGGAGAGCACUUCAAGUUUCCUUGCAUCAAUCGAACAAUGAGCUGUGUGGUCGCUGGCAAUGCUAUAUAGGCUUCUCUGCGAUUCAACUUCACAGCUUCUCUUCAAUCCGAAACGUCUUCUGAGCUCCACAACCCUCAUGGAGAAGAAGUCUGAAUCAAACCAGAUGCUGCUCGAGAACGUAUGGGCCAGCUUCAUCAAUGGCAGUCACCGACCAGCCAUUGGAUCCGCGACCUGGGAAGAUCUACCCAACCUGGAGAGCAGGAACGAGAACCUGGCGCUCAUCCAAAGACUUCCAAGCCUUGGGAGAUGGAUCUCCAUGGGGGCUGAGACGUGGGAGGAGCUGCUUGAUGGAACUUGCAGCGUCUCAAACUGCAGCCCAACUCCUGCUACCGAAUCAGCCCGCAGUACGAGGCCGACAGCUGCCGGAGCGGAAAGGGAGACGACCAGGCAUUAUAGGGGCGUGAGGAGGCGGCCAUGGGGGAAGUUUGCAGCAGAAAUCAGGGACAUAUCCAGGAAAGGAGCUCGGGUUUGGCUGGGGACGUUCAACACUGCAGAGGAAGCCGCCAUAGCAUAUGACAGAGCUGCGUUGAGGAUGAGAGGGCCCCGAGCUCACCUGAACUUUCCACUGGAGACGGCCAUCAGGAGCUCCAAAAGCACUCGCUAUGAGCAGCCGUCAACCUGCGCGCUGUGCGACGAGGCAUGCUCUGUUUACGGCUGCACCGCAGCAAUUCAUGAGCGAGCGGAUUUGGACGAGGAGCGACCGGCAUGUAGAAGAGAAAGGAGCAUCGAGGGGAUGAUCAACAACCGAAGAGAUGUGGUGGAGUUGCAAGACCUUGGCACUGACUACUUGGAAAGCUUGUUGUCUCAAGAGUAAUGGGGACAGUGAAAAUUUGGAGAAAUCAAUGCUAAAUGUUUCUUUGUUUUCCA